AUGUUUCUGGAGCGUCUGAAUGCUCUCGCUUUGAAGGGAAUCAAAUAUGAAUAUGUCUCAAUCGAUUUGCUUAAUGGAGGACAAUUCACGCCGGAAUAUGUUAAGAUGAAUCCGGCCAAGCUGGUGCCUGCUUUGAUCAUUAAUCAACGAAUAUUCACUCAGUCGUUUGCCAUUCUUGAAGUAAGCAAGGACGCUGCUUACCUGAUGGCAAUGAUUUUGAAGCUGCUUUUGCUGUUGAACAGUGGUCGUGCAGCUGCUAUUCAUUUGCUGGAAGAUCUCUAUCCUGAACCAGCUCUACUACCAAAAGACGUCUACAAACGAGCUGAAGUCCGAGCUAUUGUCAAUGCUAUUGUUGCUGAUACUCACCCACUGCAAAACCAACGCGUCUUGAAAUUGGUCGGCGAUGAGGGCAAGGCUGCGUGGGCAAAGCAAGUUGAAGCUCAAUUGAGAAAGACGGCUGGGAAAUACUGCUAUGGGGACUCCCUCACAAUGGCAGACUGUGUCUUGGUACCUCAAUGGUACAAUGUCGAUCGUUGGAAUUGUGAUGCCUCCCUGUUUCCAACAUGUGCCCGAGUCGUUGGAAACUUGAUGCAACUGGAAGCAUUCAAGAAAUCACACCCAGAUGUACAACCAGAUGCAAAGCUGUAA